UUAAAUGGGCACGGAUAAACCCAAUAUUUUGUAUUUGGUCACCUGUUCGCUGACUGCAGCGACAGGGUUUCUGAUUUCAGGAUAUUCCUUUGGGUACUAUAAUGGACUCACGGGGAUCCUGCAUAAGCAGUAUGUUAAUUAUGAUAAGGACAGGAUCUCUGAUUCAGACUUGUUCAAUUCGGUGGUGUCAGGGAUGUUACCUUUUGGAGCGAUAUUUGGGUCCCUUGCUGCUGGAGAGAUUACUAAGAGAGGAAGAAGAAUUACAUUUAUGAUUACGAGUGUGAUCUUGGUAGUUGGAACUGUUCUUACUCUGAUAUUUAAUAUGUACGCUCUGAUUUUUGGAAGAUUUAUUAUGGGGUUUGCUAUUGGGAUAUACUUUUCUGUUUGCCCAUUGUAUAUUUCAGAGAUCAGCCCUCCUUCUAUGUCUGGAAUUCUUGGAAGUCUUAAUCAAAUGAACUUUGUUUCUGGUCUAUUCUUCUCCUUUGCUCUGAUUUACAUUCUUCCCUUACCAGAUGACCCUGAAGCAAAAACCACUAGGCUGUGGAGAAUUACUUGAGGGAUUCCUAUUAUUUUUGGUAUAAUUCAGUUUUGACUUUUCUUCUUUGUGUUCAGGUACGACACUCCAGUUUUCUAUAAGCUCAAAGGAAACAUGACGAACUACGGCAAGAUCACAAGCUUGCUUACCUCUAAUGAUAAGGUGCAGAAUGACCCUGAGAACAAUGUUGAACUCUCUGAGACUAAGAGGAAGAUCAACUCUGGGUCAGACAAGGAUCAUAAAGAUGAUUCUGAAGAGAAGGAGAACAAUAUUUAUCAAGACCAUCAGUCAGAAGAGAAUGAUGGUGGUGAUGAAGAAUCAAAGGAACAACAACAGGAAUCUCCUAAAGCUUCUGCUAAAGAAGUUAAUGACUCUCAGAAUAACUUGAAGGACCAAAAAACUCAGUCUGAAAAGAAUGAGUCUGAAAAGAAUGAUAGCGUUGAUGCUAAGCCUGUGAAAAGAGAGUGGACUCCUCACUAUAAGAAAGCAUUUAUAAUUUGUUGCCUAUUGAGCUUCUUCCAUCAAGCUACUGGUGUUAACGCCAUUACUUUCUUCUCAACUGAGAUCUUCAAGGAUGGAGAUGAAGGAAAUACUGCUGAAAAGAGAGCCAGAUUAGGAACUCUCCUUCUUGGAGUGUCUGCUUUGAUAGGAACUGCAAUUGCAGUUUUCCUGUUUAAGAUUUUCUCCAGGAAAUUCUUCUUCCACGCAAGUGGUUUUGUCAUUUUAGGAUCUCAUUUCCUAUCUGGAAUAUUUUCGUUAAUAGAUUUUGAUAUUGGGAUUAUUAUAAUGACAAUGGCAUAUAUCAUGGUUUUCAACGGAGGGAUGGGCCCAGCUAUGUGGAUUUACUCUUCAGAUGUUCUUGACAACUUUGGAACAUCAGUUGUAGCCUUAAUCAAUAUGGUUUUCACAUGCUUGUUUGCCACAUUCGCAAACCUGAUGUUUGAACAUCUUACAGCUCCAGGUAUGUACUUUGGACUGGCAUUUGUCCAAGUGUUAUGAUCUCUAUUUAUAUGGAAAUUUGUGAGAGAAACUAAAGGAAAAACCAAAGAGGAAUGUGAAAAAUUAUACUGAGAUGAAUAAAAUAUGAAUAUGUUUUAAGUUUCAUUAAAUA